AUGGCCAAGUCUAAGAAUCACACCAAUCACAACCAGAACAAGAAGGCUCACCGUAAUGGUAUUAAGAAGCCCAAGACGCACUAUGCUGGCUCUAUGAAGGGUGUCGAUGCUAAGUUUCGACGAAACCAGAAGUAUGCGCGACUAGGCACUCAAAAGGCAUUGGCCGCCAAGAAGGCAGAGGCGGCGGCAUAG